CGUCGAUUAAGACACUAGCAAUCAUAGCAUCACCAAAUUGAAGCUGAUUUGCAGCUGCCUCAGUGCUGCAAUUGCAGCAAAGACCUCGGCAUUCAAUCAAUCUUGAUCGCUAUCAGUAGCGGUGAACGCAUAAGCACCAUCUCGCGAGUACAAGCAAGUUGCAGACACCGCACUGCAAGCACUGCAAUCGCCCUGACGCCGUCGCGGUGAGCUUGCAACCAAGAGACCGCGCUUCGAACAGCAGUAAACGAUGCUCCUCCGCGCCACCUCGCGCCGCCUCACGCAUGUAACAAGACGCACGAUAUCCUCGACGCGGGGCGAAGGCGUCGCCGGCUUCAAGGUCAUGGAGGUCCUGCACGCCGCGAACACCAUGGAGGCGAGCGGCGCCGACGUCCUGCACAUGGAGGUCGGCCAGCCCUCAACACCAGCACCACCAACAGCUAGAAGAGUCGCGGAGGCCGCCCUGUCACGAGACGAAGCCCUGGGGUACACGUCGGCGAACGGCCUACCCCAAGUCAAGGAGAGAAUUGCGCAGUGGUAUCUGGAGAGACAUAACUCAGUCGUAGACCCCGACCGCAUCGUGGUCACGACGGGUUCUUCGGCGGGCUUCAUCCUGAGCUUUCUCGCGUUAUUCGACGCCGGCGACAGGGUCGGCGUGCCUUCGACGGCCUAUCCGUGCUACCGCAACGUCCUGAGAGUGCUGGGCGUCGAGCCCGUUUCUCUAGCUGGAGACGCGUCGAACCCUCGGUCGGGCUUCGGCUUCCCGCAGCCGUCCGACAUUACUUCAGACCUCAAAGGGCUGAUCUUAUCUUCGCCCUCGAACCCCACUGGUGCUACUCUCUCUGCCGAUGAAUUACAAAAGCUAGCAGAGACCUGUUCAAGUAAGGGCGUCAAGUUCAUUAGUGACGAGAUCUACCACCACAUCGUCUACGGGGAUGAAAAAAGUGCUUCGGCGGUCGACCUAGAUGGCGCCCUCGUGAUCAACAGCUUCAGCAAGUACUUUUCCAUGACGGGCUGGCGGAUCGGGUGGUUGGUGUUGCCGAAGAACGACCCUUCGUUGUCCGGUGCCAUUGAACGGUUACAACAAAAUCUGUUCAUCAACGCGCCUCAUGUCUCACAGAUCGCCGCGGCGGCGUCCUUUGAUGAUGUCGAGUCGACUCUAGAAGGUCAUGUUGCUGUGUAUGAUCAAAAUAGAAAAACUGUUUUGAAUGCGUUGGCCAAGAUGGGCGUCUCGCCCGAUCAUAUCGCGCCUUGUAGAGGCGCGUUCUACGUCUAUGUGGACCUGGGCGCCCACGGCGUGACCGACGCUCCGGCUCUCUGCCAUAAAUUACUGAAGGACACGGGCGUCGCGAUCACGCCGGGCGUGGACUUUGAAUUUGAUGAAGCGAUCGGGAAGCGGCGCGUGCGCGUCUCGUACUGCGGCGCGCCUGCGGACGUGGAGAGGGCGAUGGGGAAAUUGGUCGAGUGGUGGGCCGCGGGCAAGUACAAGUGAGUAUCAUCGUUCCCGACUAACUAGACAAUUAUUCCACGCGCG